GAUCCCUAAUAUAUAUAUAUAUAUAUAUAACACUUCUAUUUACUACGUCAAAGAUAAUUAAAUUCCAUAGAAUUCAAGACAUGAGUGGAAACUUUGGAUUGUGCAGGAAAUGGAAAUGCGAGCAACACAACUCGAAUAAUCAUCAUUGCCGUUAUUCCCUCGAUUAUCGGUAUUCUGUCACUUGUCUUCUGUAUUUGGAUCUGUUUAAGACGCAAAAAGCCAAGAGAAAUUUUUGAAAGUGCAGAAGCAGAUGAAAUGAUCCAAACGGAGUCUUUGCAAUAUGACUUAGCCACUGUUCGGGCCGCAACUAAUAACUUCUGUGAUGAAAAUAAACUUGGACAAGGAGGAUUUGGAGCAGUUUACAAGGGCAAGCUUCCAAAUGGACAAGAAGUAGCUGUGAAAAGGUUAUCUAGUGGUUCUGGACAAGGAGACUUAGAAUUCAAGAAUGAGGUUCUCUUAGUGGCCAAGCUUCAACACCGGAAUUUGGUAAGAGUCUUGGGGUUCUGUUUGGAAGGAGAUGAAAGACUUCUCAUCUAUGAAUUUGUGCCAAACACAAGCCUUGAUCAUUUUAUUUUUGAUCCAAUCAAGUGCGCACAACUAAAUUGGGAAAGCCGUUACAAAAUCAUCAGAGGCAUAGCUCGUGGCCUCCUUUACCUACAUGAGCAUUCUCGUCUUCGAAUAAUUCAUCGUGAUCUCAAAGCAAGUAACAUUUUGUUAGAUGAAGAUAUGAACUCUAAAAUUGUAGAUUUUGGCAUGGCAAGAUUAUUUGUUAGAGAUGAAACACAAGGCAAUACUAGUAGAAUUGUGGGAACUUAUGGAUACAUGGCUCCAGAGUAUGUAAUGCAUGGGCAAUUCUCAAUAAAGUCGGAUGUCUUCAGUUUUGGCGUGUUACUUUUGGAAAUUGUAAGUGGUCAGAAAAAUAGUUGUUUCCGAAAUGGGGAGAACAUAGAGGACCUACUAACUUAUGCAUGGAAAAACUGGAGGGAAGGGACAGGAUUAAAUCUCAUAGAUCCAAUUUUGAGGAACGGUUCAAUGGCUGAAAUGAUGAGAUGCAUCCAUAUUGGUUUGCUAUGUGUUCAAGAAAAUGUUGCUGACAGACCAACCAUGGCUUCAAUUGUUCUCACACUUAGUAGCAAUUCAACCAGUCUCCCAGUGCCCUCUCAACCUGCAUUUUUUAUGCAUAGCACCAUUGAAUUAGAUAUGUCAUCCUCACAGGGCUAUAAUUCAUGGGUAUCAAACUCAAAGAGAUUAAAAGAAGAAUCACUCCCUUUGACAAAUAAUAAAGUUUCAAUCACAGAGCUAUGUCCUCGAUAGUUUUGGAGAUUCAAAGGUACAGUUAGAUUCACAUUGUCAAUCCUGUUCAGAAUAAUGCUAGAAUUAACUUAUUAGAUGUAUUGGUAUCUAAUACCAGUUCUUUCUUUGUAAGCAAAACUACUUCCAAGCAUGGGAAUACAGUGUACAAUUUGAUUCGUGUUCUAGUUUCCUUCUAGUAUAAUUUUAUACAGUGUAUACUUUAACAAUGGUUUCUUUCUUUUGUUCAAAAUUACUUCCAUUUACUGAUUCAUUGUAACAUUUUAUUUGGUGUUGUCUUGUUCCAUCUCAAUCAGAUUUGCUUGUGUAAGGUUUUUGUAAGCUUUUGUUAACAGUAAAAAAUAGAAAAAAUGGUGUGGAACCAAGAUCUUUGUUGAUAGAGAGAGUUUAUAAUGAAGAGAGAAUGAUGAUGGAAAAAUAAUCUACCUCCUUAGGUUGAUCCUAGAGGUAGACCCUUUCUGACUUCGUGUUGUGUUGGUUGUGCCUACCAUGGCUAUUGAUCCUUUUGCUUCUGGUUUUUUACCGAUUCCUACUUCUGCUGAUGGCAUGGGUACUCCACCUUCUUUUUCUUUGUCUAAAUUUUUUGAUGUUUUCUGCCUUCCCCGUAAUGCAGAUGGGAAGUUUGUUGUGAAAGGUGCUUCACGCCAUGUGGAGAGGGAUCUUCUAUUCCUACAAAGGUUCCUUUGGUUUCUUCUUCAAAGGGUGGAAAAGUUGUUCUCCCUCUACGCUCAGCGAAGGUGUUCUGCGAUCUUGAUAAGGUGUCUUGGGUUACCAAUAGUUGUGAUGUGGAUGAGAUUAGGGAGAUUUAUAAAAAGAACUUGAUAAA